AUGCCCGGAAAACACAAGGACGGUAAACAUAAACCAAAGGGGGCCAAAGGUCGAAAGGGGGAGAAAUCGUCUAAGAAAGGUCAAGAGAAAGGGAAGAAGGAUGGCGAUCGUAAAGAAAAAGAUGACGUCGGCGAGUCAUCUCACGCUGAAGGAGGUAAUAUCGACCAUAUUGAUCCUGACAAGCCAUUAAGUAAGAAGGAGAAACGCAGAUUAAAGAAAGAGGAGAAAAUGGAGAAGGAGAAAAAGGAGACUUCAAAUGACCCCACGCAGUCAACCGGUUCCCCAAAUGAGUUGAAUGAGAAAACAAAUGUGGCUUUGGGACAGACCAGUACCAAUUCUGAGAGCGUGGGUGAUGUUCCUUUGUCUUCACGUGAAGAUAAUUCAGAUCAAUAUCCCACCAUCGACGAUAGCGCGACUUCUGGUGAUACAUCGAGCAAUUGUGAUAAGCAGAGUACAAAUCAACAUAGACAACAAGGAUCAGAUGACGACAAAUUGAAAGCAAAAGGAGCAAGCAACAGGGGGUCCACUGCGAAAUCGAGCGAUGCCAAAUCAAAAGAGGUAUUGAUUCAGCAUAAAAAGUCGUUUUUUAAAUAUACUAUAGUAAUAUACUACUUCAUAUAUUAUUAACACUCAUUAGAAACAGUCAUAUACAUAUACCCCAUUUUGCAUGUUGAUACAUUAAACGUGAUCUCAGUGGUGUAAUGGUAAAUUAGAAUUCGUUUUGUACAACCAUGCAUGGAUUGUAAAAUAACUGGAUAGGAAACUUCCUGACAUCACAGUCUAGAGCUGGUUGCAAUCUGUGACGUCGUCACGCGCAUUGCCAAAGUUUUCAGCAUUGUUGUUGUUUCGCUAUAUUUUCCGCUUUAAAAGAGUAAAAUUGAGGCAUAAACUGGUCUAAUUGUUUUAAAACCAUGCCUAAGCCACGACAAAGUAUUCAAGGAAAAUGUUUUUCGUCUUUGUUUUGUAUUUUUUACAUUUGUAGCUACGAAAUUGGCGUCGCCAAUUUUAACGAAAUUUGCAAUGCAUUUUUCACUGUUUAGUGCUUGAAAUAUUUGCUAAAACUGACUGGAAAUACUUAGAGAUUUCAUCGUAGAAUGGCGUAGUUAUAUUUAUUUGCUUUUUGACUAAAAUGUUUAGCUGUAUUAUUGCUAAACAUGCCGUUUUUGAGAAUUUGGUUUGCAACUAGGUUUCAACAUCUAAUCACGCCAUCAGCCCAUUGAAAACAUUAGGUCACGUCAGCUAGUUUCCUAUCCAUUUAUUUUAUUAUCCAUGGUACAACUGAGUGAAAGUUUAGUUUUGACCCCAACGUUUCUAUCCAUGCAAUGUGAUUAAUAAUUUAAAGUGGCUAAUUAAUUAACUGGGAGAAUCAGUUGGUGUUAUAUUGUUUCAUGUGCCACUAACCCCAAAUAUGAUUUUUUUUGUAUGUGUAAUUAAUAUUUGGGUUAUUCUACGAAAAAAUUAUAUAAUUUUAUUUUUUCCCGGUCCGUAAUCCCAGGUCCGUAACGUAAAUGGAGCCUUCUGAUUGGACCUCUCGUACACGUUACGGAAUACGGACCUCGAUCUCGCGUUUCGUGCCAAAAUAAAACCGAGGAGUAAAAACAAUUUUCAAACUGAAAAAAUUAUCUAAAAAGUUGAAAAACCCUCCAUACAAAUCGAUACUAAAGAUAGAAAAAUAAGCUGAAAUGACUUCAAUGGAUUUAGUGUCAGCCCGAAAUGUACCUUUUUUCCGAUCUAAAUGCGAAAAAAACAAGUAUAUCUUUGACAUAUAAGUAUAGAAAAAUCAGUGCUAAAUGUUUAGUUUCAAAAGUUCAGCAUAUAUUCAGCUAUACUUAAAAAAUAUACGUUAAAAUAUAAAUACUGGAAUCAAGAACUUAUCCUGAAACAAAAAAUGUAACAAAUACCUUAAAAUGCUUGUCACAAAAUUUUUUUCAUUUCUGAAUAGAGGAUAGAAAGUUAGUUAAUUAACAAGUUCUUUUACAGAUUUUGGUUUUCUCUUUUUAUUCGCGAGAUAUAGGCCUAGGCAUUCAAAUGGUAUUUUUUAGGGAAAAAGUUGCGAAUCACGAAAAGUCUGGGACGAGCGUGCUGUGACGUAGUUAAGGAAUAAAAUUGCAAUGCGCUUUAUGUAUUUACUAUAUUUUUAAUACGUAGGGCAGUAGUUCCGAUUCGGAAAGCAUCCAUAGCUCUCAAUGUGGCUCAGAAUAUAACUAUAUUCUUGGGUAUAAUAUAGAAGAUGAGUUAAAUUAUGAUACUCAUAAUGAAUUUGGUACUCUAGAAGUAGCGGAUAAAACUAGUUCAGGCGACUACGAUGCUUGUCCUUACACCGAUGAGCCUUUAAUGGAGGAAGAAUAGUUUUCGCAAUAUCUCUAAAAAUCUACUGAACAAAAAAGACAAACCGAAAUAUUACAGCAAAGAUUAGACGGCCUUGAGAUUGUUAAAUCAUGGUAAAUACCUCCAUUCUUCAAUUUUGCGAUUUUAGCGUCAAAAUAUAUGAUGAAAUUGAAAAAAUGAUGGAUGACUUUUUGGAAUUGAUGCCGGAUGACUUCUAAGGGUUUUUGGUCAGAUUCUACUGUGGCUGGCCGGCCAAAUGUGUACUGGUGAAAACGCUCGAAAUCCCGGAAAUUAUCGCUAAUAAUUCCUUUUCUAUCUGAACGUAUUGUUUGUCUGAAUGUGUUGAUGCUUGGCUUGCCAGUGCUACAGGCUUUCCUUCUUGGAUGAGUGGGGGCCCCAGGCCAUGAUCGCUAGCAUCAUACUAUAAUAUCAGGGGUUUGACUGACUCAUAGUAUUUCAGGACUGGUGGUUCGGUGGUCAACUUCUUAGGACAUUUUAAUGAAAGUGGCAUCUUCGGUUCUACAUGUAUUCUGCAGACUUCACCCAUGUCAUUUGGUUGCUUCAUUACUAGGAUGGCUUGUACUUUCCCAGGACCUUUAAUAACAGUAAGCCAUGGGCAUUGAAGAACGUUUAUAACAUCGACGAAUAUUCAAGACGAAGAAGCGAAUUUUGUAAAUCCCCCAAGAUCGAGUGAACAACAGCGGCGACAACAGUGUCGCAACUGUGGAUUAUCUUGGCCUCAUCGUGACGCACCUUGUCCUGCUAAAGGACAAACAUGUCGAAAAUGUAAUAAACAAAACCAUUACACCCGAGUUUGUCGCAGCAGCGUACCAUCGACAAGGAAACCUAUGUACUAAUACAAGACCUAGACCUAUCCGCCCAGACAACAAUCAACACAAUAUUCAACAGGUUGGAUAUCAAGAAGACCACUAUUCGAAUAACCCUAGUAGCAGCAGCGAUGAUGAGCAUUUAUAUACAUGUGUCGACUCCAAAUUAACAAAAAUGCCUUCAACAAAAGUACAAAUAAACAAUGUACAUGUCAAAAUGAUCAUAGACACUGGGGCACCAAUUAACAUUAUUGACGAAAAUACUUUCGCCCUUAUCAACAAAUACAAACGUAUCUCAUUAAAACGAACACGUACUAAACUCUUUGCGUAUGGUUCAAAACAACAAUUACCAUUGAUUGGGAAAUUCGAAGCCACAAUCCAAACAAAAAAACGAAUGACUGCCUCUAUACUAUUCAUGUACUCAGAGGCAAUUCUGGCUCACUGUUAA